UAAUGAUUAACAGGGUGCUCUGCUUAACUCUGUUUAAUGGUAUUGAAGAGAAGAAGGAACGGACAAGACCAGACUGUAGCACUAAAUGGCUGAAAGGAAAAUGAAGCYCACUUUCUCCUUGCAUUUAUUGCUGGCURUUUUGUACACUGCUGCCCUGUGCCAUCAGCAUCCUCGCUACCAYAAUAGGCAGGAUGAUGUUAAAGGGACAUAUUAUCCAGGACAUAGCUCUCAGUGGGAAGGAGCUUCUCCACUGAAGAACAAAACCUUUCUCAAACUUGUUUUCAGCAAUGCUGACUUUGCAUUUUCCUUUUACAAGCUGGUCACAUCCGAAGCAACGGACAAAAAUAUUUUCUUUUCACCCAUAAGCAUCUCUGCUUCCUUUGCAAUGCUGGCACUUGGUGCCAAGGCUGUGACGCUGACACAGAUUCUGGAAGGGCUUGCCUUUAACCUGAAAAAGACUCAGGAGCAGGAGAUACAUGAAGGUUUUUGCCAACUCCUUCACAUGCUGAACCGUUCAGACAGUGAGUUCCAGCUAAGCAUGGGCAGUGCCCUUUUCAUAGAAGAGACAUUAAAACCACUAAAGAAGUUCUUGGAUGAUGCCAAAAGCUUUUAUGAAUCUGAUGUCUUCUCUACUGACUUUAACAACUCUGUUGGUGCUGAGAAUCAGAUCAACAGUUAUAUUGAGGAAAAGACAAAUGGGAAAAUUGUUAAGCUAGUGGAAAAUCUUGAUCCUCUCACUGCAAUGGUUCUUGUUAACUAUGUCUUCUUUAAAGCCCAUUGGGAGAAACCUUUCAGUACAUUACUGACAAACCAGGAGGAUUUUUUUGUGGAUGAGAAAACACCUGUAAAAGUUGACAUGAUGUAUCGAAAGGGUUACUACAGAAAUUACUUUGAUGAAGCACUGUCCUGUUGGCUGGUUCAGAUACCUUACAGUGGAGAUGUUGCUGCAUUAUUUGUUUUGCCUGACGAAGGGAAGAUGAAGCAGGUGGAAGAUGCUCUCUUGAAAAGGACUAUAUCUAAGUGGGAAAAGUCCCUCCAAGAAAGAAAAAUACAUCUGCACAUUCCAAAAUUUUCUAUUUCUGGUACCUAUGAUGUGAAAGAGAUAGUCAAACAAAUGGGUAUGGUCGAUCUGUUUACUGAGCAAGCCGAUCUGUCAGGGUUUACUGAGGAGCCUGGACUGAGAGUUUCAAAAGUGAUCCACAGAGCCAUGUUGAAUGUCCAUGAGAAUGGCACGGAGGCAGCCGGGGCCACAGUGAAGGAAAUUACCUGGAGAUCUGGUGAUGUUCCUCGCCCGCCUCGAGUCAGAUUCAACAGGCCCUUCCUCCUGCUGAUUCUGGAUAAAUUCACCCRCACCGUCCUCUUCAUCGGGAAAGUCGUCAACCCUCGGAAAAAUGACUGAUUGACGAGACUCCAGCACAUCACUGGCUWGACUCCUGUGACCCAGUGAGACACUCAUGUGUGCAUAACACCGUGUGCUAGUGCUCAUUUUUUCAUCCAUUACCCUUAGAAACGUUAUUAAUUCCUUAAAACACAAACGGUAUUUUUUCCUUGUCCAAAAGUCACUGGGAWUUCCCACAGCCUACAGCUGAGAAUGGCAGGUAGUGUUAAUGAAAGACAGUUCCCUUUUCACUGGUUUUGUAGGAAUCCCUUUGUGACGUGUUCCCUUGGGGUAUUCAGUUGGUUCAAAGUCUCCAGUGAUGUAGGUAUUGCUGUACAGUCACAGGGUGUGCAUUUGAGAAGAGAAACAGGGAAAAGGAGGCACAAGGUGUGAAGCCUAUCUGUUUAAUUCACUUUCAUGACUACCCUUAGAUGCAAAUUCCUUUAAUAUUGGAGCGAAUUUUCAUUAAUUUCUGUAAGUUUUGUAACCAAGUAUGGCAUGAAACUGCGGGAUCAAUGACUGGGACACUGGAGGACACACCCAAUGUAAAGGGUUGAUGAAUGCAGCARUUUUAGCUUGCCUUCCUCUGCCUCCUCCUCAGUGGAAGCCCUUCUCAUGGAGACAAGGAGACUGCUUUUGCUUUACAGCAAAUUCUACUGUUAAUUCUACUAAGAAAGGAACCCAUAGCAGAUAAAAAUUUCUGGUUUAUCCUAUUAAUAUAACUAUUGUUUCUAAUGCCUCGAGAUAAAAGCCUGGUGGAGUAGCCCAUGGCAUAGCACCAGCUUCCUUUUCAUGGAUUUGUUGUCAUUGUAAUUUCUCAUUUUUACUGAUUCUGCCUUAAGUAUUCACUUUUCAGCUAGACAUGACACAUARUGGUAGAAAAAUGGAGGAACCAAAAAUUACAGCUCCAGAAAGUUUGUAUUUCCUCAGUAGAAACAGCAGAGCUUUCCUUGGGACUGUUAACUUGCUUGAAGCUAUCAUAAACACACAUAAAAAAUGUAGAAAAUAUUUUAGGAGUCACUGUUCUAAAUGUUAGCAGUGGAUUACUGUUAUAGAGUAAAAACAGACUGGGAAUUGAUAUUUUUAWCUUUUCUUAACUUGAGGUUUCUUKAAUCCAACUUACUCUAGAUAGCUACAUGGUUAUGAAAGGAAAGAAACAGAAAGCAGCAAAUAUUUAAAGUAUUUUAUUAUUUUUUGCUUUAAUUUUUAAACCAAUGUCUUCAGCAUAUAUUAUUAAAACAUAGAAAACCAAUGAAAAACAUGUAAAUUAUAGAUUGAUUCAAUAUUUUGUUACAGAAUAUCACAAACUGGUAAGAAAAAAAUAUAAAUGACAACAUUUCAGACCUUAGUUUCUUAAGAUGUCUAAGAAAAAYAUAACUUAAAAACUGUGGUGAAUAUUUCUAAAACACAAUUCUAUAYUUGGUUUGGGGGUCUUUACUUUCUUUCACAUUAAAUCAAUGUCAUCAAUAUGAGCAAAUUGUAGCUGUAAGAAUACCAAUAAGGAGCAGAAAAAAAUUUCCGUGUCCAUCUGCAGACAGGUAAURCUUGAUAUUUACUUUCAAAUCCUCCUCAAAAUCACAUAAACCAAUGACAAWAGUCUCUUACUCAUAACUGUAUUUAGUAAGUUUCAUAUUUAGUAACAAAUAGCUGGCUUCAUGCCUCUGAACGUAUAAGGACUUGGUUUUGGUGUAAUACAGAUAAGCWGAUUCUAGAGGAGAUCAUUUAAAAGUUCUUGCCAAACCUCAGGGCUAACUCAGGAUGAACUGUCAAAGUCCAACUCUGCAAUGAAAAAUAAUUGUGUAGCCAAAUAUCAAGAGACCAUGUUUGAUGUUCCUCMCGGACCUCAGAUCAAUAGUCUCUGUUAGCAGGAAAAAAAAAAUCUAAAUGCUAUUUUGCCAGCCACAUCUCACUUGGAGAAGUAACUUUGCUGCUUAACUCAUUUGAAAGUGGAUAGAMAAACAAUGAAGCUGAUUUAAAAACUGCAUGACCAGAAAAUAUGAUGCUAAGGAAUCAUUUUCCUGAGGGUGUAGGAACCAUACACAUCUUGCCUUGAUUUUCCUUCUAUUUUGACUCUAAAUAGGGCAUGACCCUCACUGCAAAUGGGCAGCAGAUUUGUGUAGUAAAGAAYAAGCACAGAGGGAAAACCCAUCACCUUCCCCACCACCCCCCCAAAGAAACCCCAAACAAACUGUCAGUAUUAAGGUUGUCACAAAUCUAUUGCAGUCACAAUCAUGGUUUACUCAGGACACAGUGUUAGUUCUUUCAAGCUGCUUCUUUUUUGCUUCUUCUUUCAUGGAUUUUUGUUUCUUGGUUGUCUCUCUGACUGUGAGUUUUGUGACCAAGAAACCUCAGUGUAACCAAGGAAUCACUUUCAUCCUGGCUAGUYGAGAGUUGCUGCUGCUGCUGCAUGCAAACACUCUGAUGGGCCACAUCAAUGCAGGGACACUGCUGGAGGAUGGAGCUGGUGUGAAGAGCCACAUGAGGGACAAAGUGCAAAGGACAUCUUCCAAUGCAGCCUGCACUGGUGUCUACACGCAGGUGUGAUGUGGGAGUGCAACCAGAGCACGCAGGAGCUGCAGCCUCAGCACCCCCUGUGUGGUCCCUGAGGGAAAUCUGGGAUCCUGUGGUUGGAACCAGCCCUCUGUAAAGUUUGGUGGAGCCAGAACAAGAAUUGCCACAGAAGAAUUGCCACAGAAGAAUUGCCACAGAAGAAGAAUUGCCAACACAACAGAAGCUUUGGAACAGCACAUAUUGAGCAGCUCUCCGAAAUAAAGAGAAAAGGAAAACAACCAGUGUGGAAAGAGCAAUAAACUGUAUUUGUUGUYGUAUUUAGGAACUAGAAGUGAAAUAGAGACUGAAAACAUAAAUGAGGAGCUCAGAAACCCAGGCUAACCUAUGGUGGAGAUAGGUUUAACUGUUACCUACAAAUCAUGUGACGUUCAACAAACACUGGAAGAAAACCAGAGGCAAUUUUGAGUAGCAAAGCAUUUUCUAGCUGAGGCUGUUGGCUCUCCAAACCAUUUUCCAGAUCUCUCAUUCCCACUGAGUAGCUGACUUUGACAUUGCCUAUGAGAUUUCUCCARUUUAAAUGGACCCACAAGUGUUUGUUAUGUGUUAAUUGAAAAAUACAUCUUGGGCAUUUGUCACAAUACCUUUGAAAGAACUUAAGCCAACAGCUGCCUGCAUUUAAUAAAGACAAAAAUGAAGUAAUCUUCCUCAGAAGAUGAUUUACAGCCUCCAGGAUGGUUUUUACAUUCUCAUUCAGUUGCCUUAUGCUGUCUGAAGUGCAAGCAAUAAAAGAAAAGGCAGGGAGGACACCUUGACUAGGGGGGCAUCUUGCAAGUGGUGUGAAUAUGAGAYGCGACAAGCUCAUAUUGUCUGUUACUCAUGGUUCAGUUUCUUAAGGAUGGAUUUGAUGGCAGUGAUAAAGGGCAGCUCCUCUCUGCAAAAGAAUGACUGGCAAAACAGCUGUUCUUGUGAAAUGGUAAGAAAACAGAAAUAUUCUUGGAGGUUCUGUGAAGGAACAUGCCUUGAAGAGCACUGUUCUUUCCCCAAUAAAUAGCAGAGGUCACAGGGAGUUUUACUGAGGAAGAGGGGGAUUACUGAGACAGCUGUGUUGUGCUGUGAGAGGCAGGGCCUGAUGCUGAGGCGCCUCUUGCAUCUGCUGUGACAGGAAAGGAGGAAAGCAAGGGCAGCCUGAUGGGACACUGGGGCUGAUGAGCUCCGCUGCGCGGGCAGACCACCCUGCAAUGUAGACUCUGAGUCCUUCUCUGCCUUGGCUGUAACUUAAUUAGCAGAAAGGGAAGUUUUUGGCAUAAAUAAGCCAAAAAARUAUGUCAGUGGGAAGAGAUAAAAGGAAAUUAUUGUUAAAGAGAAGAUUUAAUGCUGAACUUUUCACAUCUACCAGUUAGAUGUUUUGUCACAGGGCACAGGCUCAGACCCACACACGUACAACUGCACUGCUGCUUCUUUGCUUGGAGUUCCAAGUUUGCCUGGAUGUCACAUGCUGGCCACAUAGGGCCCUCAAGGUUUUACAGCUUGGAAACACUCAGAAUAAAYGUUCUGCCCUUGUGUUAAUAUUGCRCUCCAGUAUCAUUUUGUGACACUUCAUUUGCACAGUCUUUUAUGCACUUCAGAGCAUCUAUAAGGCUCAAAGUUUCUGUCUCUCACAUGUCCUUGAGCCUUUGGCACCGACUUUCUGAACUUUUUUCCUCACAGCAAGGUCRCAUGUAGGAGCUGGCAGCUGAUGUGACACAAACACUUCUUGCUCCUUCCUCCUUAUUCUGGGAGUACAAGGGGCUCUCCCUGCACCAAGCCAUGUAGCAUUUUUAGAGCACUGCACACUGCGGCAGUUUCUUUCCUGAAACA